CUUGCUCAUGCACGGAUUUAGUUCCUGGACUGAAUGUGUCUACAACGUCCGAUCUGCGAUCAUGUUGUUUCUUCAAGAGUUGUCCUUAAAUACCUAUACAUAUACGGCCAGUCAGGUACUGACACUGUUCAUCUUCACACAAUUGGAAUUACAGUCCAAACCUCAUAUCUUUGUACACAAUGGGAUACUCAUUACUUCUUUCAUUAUUGGUUCUAGCCAAAGCGACUGCAACAUUAGCGGCCGACACGGUAACCGAAAAUCGUUCCAUUGACGAUAUCCACAAGGCAGCUCUAGCAGAGGGUGGCGUGGUGACUUGCUGGCAUGGUGGUGACGAAAAGAAUCGCCAGGAUGCAUUGAAGGAAGCUUUCGAAAAGCGAUUCCCUGGCAUGACUCUGAAUCUCACAGUCGAUCUUUCCAAAUAUCACGAAGUUCUCAUUGACGAUCAACUUACCAAUGACAACGUCUUUGUCGACAGCGCUAUCUUACAGACUGUCCACGACUAUGCUCGUUGGAAAGAUGAAGGUGCCUUGCUCAAUUACGCACCCAACGAUUUCGACAAAGUUCAUGAGGCGUUCAAGGAUGCCGAUGGUGCAUACUACGGCAUUGGUGUCUUUGGGUGGCGAAUCGCAUACAACAAUAAGAAAUGGACUGGAGACCCUAUUCAGGACUUCGAGGACUUUCUAAACCCUGAACUCAAAGGUCGUAUUGUUAGCACAUAUCCCAACGAUGACGAUGCGGUGCUCUUCGCUUAUGAUUUGAUUAUGCAAAAGUACGGCAAAGAAUGGCUGGAUAAACUCAUCCAACAGGAUGUGCGCUGGGUUCGAGGGUCCAUUACGCCACAAACCCUUGUUGCAAACGCCGAUGCCAAAGAGGCAGCUACUUUCAUUGGAAUCUCUCCCAGCUUGGGCCCAGAUGUCAACACUACCCUUCCGACCGAUGCACAAUACGUUACCUGGCCUCAGACAGCAGCUAUUUUAAAGAAGGCACCGCAUCCCGAAGGUGCUAAAUUGCUACACAACUUCCUUAUCAGCAAAGAGUGGCUGUUCACCAGCCCUAAGACCACGGUGCGAACCGAUGCUCCAGCGGAUUACCCCGACAUCUUCAAGACGCCUAACACCAAUGUCACCGCUUUUGGUCCAUGGAUCGCAGAUCGAGAGAGGGUGGAGCGCUUGAGGUUCUGGUUUGAGAAGAAGCUUGGAACUCCUCAGGGGUUGAGCCCUUUGGAUGACGAUCUGUAA